AUCCUCAGUUUCCAACUUCGCGUCUUGGCAGGACCUUUGGCGGAGCGCGCACAGGGAAGGGGGGCGGCGGGUGGGCGGUCAAGCAGCCAGGCGAGAGAGAGAAGGAGCGAGCCGGGAGCCCGAGAGGAGAAAGCGCCCCUUUCCUCGUCCAGCGGAGGGAGCGAGGAGAAGAAGACGCCUGCAAAGGAGGAGGAGGAGGAGGAAGAGGAGGAGGAGGAAGAGGAGGAGAACGGGGGCGAGGGGGGGGCGAAAGGUGCCGCGCGCCGGAGACUCCAGCCAGAGCCGCUGCGAAGGGGCGGCGGCGAAGAGGGGCUUCUCCGCCCGUCCGCCCCCCGUUGGCAGAGGCGCCCGCCGACGACGCGCUCCGCAGAGAGCCCAAGACCCGAGCGCCCAAGACCCGAAGCUCGGAGCGGCGCUGCGCUUUGGCGGCGGCGGCGGCUGCUGCGGGGCUGGCUGGGGCUGGCUGGGGCUGGCUGGCCGGCGGAGCUCUGCCAGCAGCUUCCGGCCAUGUCGUAUCCUCAGGGUUACUUGUACCAGCCGUCCGCCUCGCUGGCCCUCUACUCUUGCCCUGCCUACAGCACCAGCGUGAUCUCCGGUCCGCGGACGGAUGAGCUGGGCAGAUCGCCGUCCGGCUCGGCUUUUUCCCCCUACGCCGGCUCCACCGCCUUCAGCGCUCCCUCGCCCGGCUACAACUCGCACCUCCAGUACGGCACAGACCCGGCGGCGGCGGCGGCGGCCGCGGCUGCCUUCUCCUCCUACGUGGCCUCGCCCUACGACCACAGCCCCGGCAUGGCGGGGUCCUUGGGGUACCACCCCUACGCCGCCCCCCUGGGCUCCUACCCUUACGGGGACCCGGCUUACCGCAAGAACGCCACGCGGGACGCCACGGCCACGCUGAAGGCCUGGCUGAGCGAGCACCGCAAGAACCCCUACCCGACCAAGGGCGAGAAGAUCAUGCUGGCCAUCAUCACCAAGAUGACCCUCACCCAGGUCUCCACCUGGUUCGCCAACGCCCGCCGCCGCCUCAAGAAGGAGAACAAGAUGACCUGGACGCCGAGGAACCGCAGCGAGGACGAGGAGGAAGAGGAGAACAUCGAUCUGGAGAAGAACGACGUCGAAGACCCCACCAAACUGGAGGAGAAGGGCGACCCCGAGACGGGCCAGCACGACUCGAAAGGCGUCGGAGGGGGCAAAGAAGCCGACGGGACCUCCAGCGACUCGGAUUGUAAAGAAAGCCCCGAGCAGACGCUUCGGAAAGAAGCCGCCGGCGCCGCUUCACCGCCUUUGGCGCACUGCGGCUCGGCCGGCCGGCUGCUUCUCCAGGCUCACCACCAGCAGCUCUUGCAGGCCGGGGCCGAGGACCCCCCGCCGCCCCCUCCUCCUCCUCCUCCUCCUCCUCCUCCUCCUCUUCCUCCUCCCGCCCAGUACAGACCCCCUUCGACGGACCUGCCCCCCAGCCACGCCACCUCGGUCAUCCACACGCCCCAGGCGCCUCCGCAGGCGGCCGGCCCGGGGGCUCUUUCCAAGCCCAAGCUGUGGUCCCUGGCGGAGAUCGCCACCUCCGUGGACAAAGGCAAGGAAGCGGGGGGCAGCGGCGAGACCCCCCCGCAAACGCCUUCGGGCUUCAGCGGGCCGGCGGCCCAGUCCCCGACGGCGCGCUCGCCUUCUUCUUCUUCUGCCGCCGCCGGCCCCCCCUGCCCCUUCCCCAACGGCGCCGCCUCGGUGCUCCCGCGACCCCUUUACUACGCCACCAGCCCCUUUUACCCCGGCUACACGAACUACGCUUCCUUCGGACACCUUCACGGCAACGCGGCGGCCCCCCCGGCCGGCGCCCCCGGCCCCCACUUUAACGGAUUAAACCAGAGCCUUUUGAACAGAGCCGAAAGCUUGGCGAAAGACGCGAAAGUGCUCCGAAGCCAGAGCCACUACGAGCUCAGCAAAGAGUCGCCUUACGAACUCAAAAAAGGUACGUCGCACAUUUAAUCUCCGGCUUGAGCUCAGCUCCGGGACUUUUGGGGACUUUGGGGGGGGGGGGUCGGGCCCGCCCUGGAUUCGAGGGGAGAGAAAGUUGCACCCCCAUUCGCCCCCACCGCCCCCCACCCCUUUCCGCCGCUCUUUCGGCGAUUUCUUCUUUUUUUUUCCCUUUCCAUUUUUUUUUCUUUUUUUAAAAAAUCGGGGGCGAUUUUUCGACGUUUCUUUCCAAUCGACCCCGGUCUUGAUUGGGUGUUUUUUUUUUUCUUUUUUGCCCUCCAUCCACUGCCAAAAUGGGGGAGGGGGAAGAAAGGGUGAAAGAGAGAGAGAGCGAACGAAAGAGAGUGUGAGAAAGAAAGAAAGAAAGAAAGAAAGAAAGAGAAAGAAAGAAAGAAAGAAAGAAAGAAAGAAAGAAAGAAAGAAAGAAAGAAAGAAAGAAAGAAAGAAAGAAAGAAAGAAAGAAAGAAUAUAAAAAAGAGAAAGUUCUGGCCGGUUUCCCAAUCAGCUUUAUAAUUUAUUUGAAAACGCAGCUUUUAGAAGUCUUACACAGAACUUGCAAGACGUGAUGGGUAUGUGGAGAAACUCUCGCACGCGGGGGGGGGGGAGAAACCAGAGACUAUUUGUAUGAAAUCUUAUUCUGUAUAUUUAAUGUAGCUUUUUUUGUAUUUAAAUCGGUUAUACGGUAUCUUUGAAGUAAAUUAUGAAAUGCAACCACUUGUACAG